GUACGUAUUUCUGCUGUGAGAGUUAGUGGUCGCGUUUUCAAUUUGCCCUUUAGAAUCAUUCAGAAAGUUUCAGUAAGGAUUAUUCGCAUAAAUGUUGCUUCUGUUGGUAGCAAAAGCUGUUUUAUGAGGAAACAAAUAAGAGAUUGUAGUCAAGAGUUUCCGUGCAGUAGCAAGUAAUUUUGGCGAGAUCGAUUUCCGAAAAAUUUAUCGCGCAGUUAGUCGAUUUUGAAGAAAAAGGUUGUUCCAUAUUGUGCAGUGUCGUUCUUUAUGUUUGCUGGUGAUAUUCUAGGCCAAAAUAGAAUUCAGCAUUGAGGCAAGCGUGAAAAAAGUAUAAAAGAAAGCUUAGUUUUCGGGUGCAUUUUACUCCUUGUUUCUAAAGUGAAUAGUGAAUUAUUGCUGAACGAUUUUCCGUUCUCUUUUGGCUUACAUCGUGAGUUGGUGUAAGUGCCAACAUCGCCGAAGAGGAUAAAGGCUGCUGCAAGCGGUUGUCAGUUUUCGACUACCAACACCGAAGUGUUUCUGUUUUCAUCCAGCGUGUGUGACGAGUGUUGUGACAGUUUGCCUCAGUGUGCGUUGGUGUUUUCCUGUCGCAGAAAUAGCACCAGAGCCAAAGCCAGAGCCAGAGCAUCUAGCAAGCAGGGGUCAUAAAGGCGCAGUGGAAUAAGCACAACCAAAUCGCUCUCACAGAUGUGGAAGGAAAAUGUCGUCUUGUUUUGAAAAGUGAUUCCAAUUGUCUGCAGAGAAGAAAGUGUUCGAAAUAAGAUCGUGCAUUUCCGGGAAUACGUGAAUUUGGUUUAUUAUAUUUUUUUGUUCGUUUUGCAUUUCGUUUGGCAGUCCGUGCGUGUGAAUGAAAAGCUUAGCUCGCUGGGAAACAGAUCCAAUCAAUCCGGUCGGUUUGAUCUGUGCCGAGCAGGAACAGUCGCGAAGUCAUACGUCAAAAUCGCAAAAGUGGAAGGAGUUCUGAUAUCGAUUUGUCGCGAGUGCAGUGCUGGUACUGGGCAACGGGGUAAGGUGUACCAGUUUUCAAAAUUUCCCGUGUUUUGUACGCUGCCGAGUUCCGGUCCGGGAAGCCUGGAACUCAGAUCCAACCCGAAACCAUAGGAUCGCUAGAAGAAAAAAACGUCGUCACUACGGAGACCAACGGAACGACGAACGUCGUCGACAGUAUGGUGAAGCGCACUGACGGCACCGAGUCUCCCAUAAUAACGGAGAGCGACGCUGACACAGAAAAACCCCGCGUCAAAUAUGGCGAAUUAGUGAUAUUAGGAUAUAAUGGCUUUCUACCACAGGGCGACCGUGGACGGCGUCGGUCGAAAUUUGUGCUAUACAAACGAACCGAAUCGAAUGGCGUCAAACGGUCCAAGCACUACAUCGUACAAUCACCUCAGACUUCACAGGCAAUACUCGACGCGAGGCAGCAUUCGAUAUCGUACACGCUGUCGCGAAAUCAGGCCGUUAUAGUCGAGUACAAAGAGGACCCCGACACGGAUAUGUUUCAGGUCGGUCGUUCGUCCGAGUCGCCCAUAGAUUUCGUCGUGAUGGAUACCUUGCCUGGCGACAAGAAAGACGCAAAAGUCCUGCAGAGCACCAUAUCGAGAUUUGCCUGCCGAAUUCUGGUGGACCGAAGUGAUGGGCACAAGGCGAGAAUAUAUGCAGCAGGAUUUGAUUCGAGCAGAAACAUUUUCCUAGGGGAAAAGGCAACCAAGUGGCAAGACAACGUGGAGAUCGACGGUCUCACCACGAACGGAGUACUGAUCAUGCACCCGAAAGGCCAGUUCUGCGGUGGCUCGGCCGAGUGCGGUCUGUGGCGGGAAACGUCCGUCGGCGGGGACGUGUUCAGUCUGCGGGAAUGUCGAUCAGCACAGCAAAAAGGGCAACCAGUGUACGAGGAAACGAACAUCCUGCAGGAUGGAACCCUGAUCGAUCUGUGUGGCGCAACUCUGCUGUGGCGAUCGGCUGAGGGACUACGACAUUCGCCGACAAAGAAGGAUCUAGAAAAACUGGUAGAUGAAAUUAAUGCUGGCCGCCCACAGUGCCCGGUGGGCCUCAAUACUUUAGUGAUUCCUAGAAAAGUGUCAUUGGGUGAACACGUCAACCAGCCUUAUGUGUAUUUAAAUUGUGGCCAUGUACAAGGUCAGCACGGUUGGGGCCAGGACAAGGCCUCGAAUGCGCGCCGAUGUCCAAUGUGCUUGGAGCUUGGCCCCGUAGUGACACUGUGUAUGGGCGUGGAGAACGCAUUUUACGUCGAUUCCGGACCGCCAACCUAUUGCUUCAAUCCGUGCGGUCACAUGGCAACGGAGAAGACGGUCAAAUAUUGGGCGAACGUGGACAUACCACAUGGUACCAACGGGUUUCAAGCGGUGUGCCCAUUCUGCGCUACCCCUCUGCAAGGAUCUCCGGGCUAUAUUAAACUUAUUUUCCAAGAUAAUCUAGAUUAACCUGUUUCCUACGUCGAAGGUUCGUCGCUCCCUGACCAGUCCUUUCUUCUAAAAAAAUCGACAUAUAAGCAAAAAUCAACUGAUUCGCAUAUAGUUUGUAGUAAGUAAUUAUUAGUAUAUUUUUAUUCUAAUUAUUUUUAACUUAAUUGUCAAAAACAAACAUAAGAAAAAAAUGAUAAGAAAAAAAAAAGUUAUUUUACAGCUAUCUGCCUCCGUUUGAAGCAAAUCACGAUGGCUGAUGCAAAAUGAUGCACACGCUUUUGUAUGCGAACGUUGCAAGUAGUAGUCAAGCAGUGAGGGGAGGUUCAUGCGAAGUGAGAAAAUUUCUGGAGUUGAUCGACGUAUGGUAUUUGGAAAUGUCCUAUAAAAUAACAUAAUGCAAAAAAAAAAAUCAAGUAAGAUUCACCUUAUUCUUCGCUAUAGGAAAUGAAGGUAUGCAUGCAAUUGUUUAUUAGCUCUAAAAAUCGAAGCAUAAAAGCCUCUAGCGACAAACGUUGAUCGUUCGUUGUUUGAAUUGAUUAGAAGCUACAAUUUACUUCGAGUGUAACGAGUAGGCAAUCAGUUAGUUUUGUUUAAUCAAAAGAAAGUGCAUUUCUACCAGUUGUGUUGAAUGAGUUCUCUAAUAACGAAUUUCUUUUUUUUUGGUAAAAUAUUACUCUCUAGGCGAAGUUUGUUUUCCGUUCGAUUUCAUGCGUUUUCAUUAUACGAGAAACGAUUUUUGAUUAGAGUGUAGAAGGAUUGCCUACGUUUAAGGCGCAUCUUAUUUAAAUUUAUAUUUUGUAAAAAGUUUAUUAAGUAUAUGAAGUCUUAGUAAAAAGCGUGUGUG